AUGAUAAUUUCAAUAGUUGGAGCUAUCUUCCUUUUUUUAUUUUUAUUUUUUAUCUCCAAAUACUCCACCAAUACCAACAAUAACCCACCACCAUCAGCACAAACUCAACAACAAAAAUCGCCAGAAUCACCACAAUCACCACAAUCACCACAAUUUCCACAAUUUCCACAAUCACCACAACCACAACAGCCAUUUAAAUCAUCAAGGGCAGAAUCGAAUUACCCAACAUUUAACAGUUCACACUCACGUUUCAACACUGCAGACGGACCAACAUCAACAUCAGUAAAAACUCCAACAGCCAACCAACAACAAAGCGCACACAAAUCUGAAUACCCAUCAGUCAAUAAAGAACAAUCUCGUUAUAAGUGUGCAGAUUCAACAUCAUUUAAUAAUCCAUCUUUCAAUUCUGCAGAUAAAGAAAAAUUAAAUAGAGAAAAAGCAGAAAAAGAUCGUAUUGAAAAAGAAAAGAUGGAAAGAGAAAUGUUGGAAAAGGAAAGAGUCCGUGAAGAAAAGGAGCGUGUAGAAAAAGAAAAAUUAGAGAAUGAAAGAUUAGAAAAUGAAAGAUUAGAAAAAGAAAAAAUAGAAAAGGAGCGUUUAGAAAAAGAAGAGGUUGACGAAUGUUGUAUUUGUUAUACCAAAUUAAACUCCAACAAUUCCACCUCUAUAGAUUGCGCUCAUAAAUUUUGCUACGGAUGCAUCACCAAAUGGUACACAAUAGAAGAUACUUGCCCAUUGUGUAGAAAAGUAUUUUUAUAUAUCCAAAGAGAGGGUCGUUGCCCAAUAGAUGUUGAAUUAGAUAGAAUACUUCAAAAAUAUAGUUCUGAAAAUAAUUCCGAAAACAAUUCCAAAGAAGAAUUCAAAGAUAAUUCCAACGAUGAGUCCGAAUAUGAAUCUGAAGAUGAUCAAUCCGUUUAUGAAUCAGAUUUCGAUUCAGACGAUCAUUUAAAUCAUGAUAACUCUUCUGGUAACAAUGAAGAAUCAGUUGACUCUAUGUGUCUCGAUUAA